UUCCACUUCCUACGUCCACUCCUCCACUUCCUACGUCUACUCCUCCACCUCCGUACGAAGGAGAAGUUCAGGAAAACCUACGUACCAGUAGUACCAAUAUGACCUCAGGUACCGAAAUAAGGAACUCUGAUCGACCUACAAGUAGGAACGCUUCGCCGUUGCUACUUAGCCCUGCAAGUAGUGAAUAUGUAACAACUACCACUUGUGGUAGUAAUGGUAGCACUUACGCUGGUUCAGCUGCAGCAUCUGCUGCACAUGCUGCAGCUGCAGCAGCUGCACGUGCUGCACGGAGUCGGCGCGGCCGCCAUUCCUCCAUCAACCUGGACAACCUGGAUGGUCCCCAGGAAACGAUGUCGCCCUCGGACUUCAAGUUCUUGGGUGUGAUCGGUAAGGGCAGCUUCGGGCAGGUCCUGUUGGCCCGGCACAUCGCCUCGGGCAAGGCGUACGCAGUCAAGAUGCUGAGUAAGCGCGUCAUCUCGCGCCGUAAGGAGACUCAACAUGUACUCAGCGAGCGCUCAGUUCUCAUCAAGGUUCUUCACCACCCAUACCUGGUACAGCUUCACUACGCAUUCACCACGCGCCAUAAAAUAUUUUUUGUGCUGGACUUCGUUAAUGGCGGCGAGUUGUUCUACCACCUGCAGCGAGAACGCGUGUUCGUAGAACCUCGUGCGAUGUUCUACGCCGCAGAAAUAUGUUGUGCGCUCACCUACAUGCACACUAAGGGUAUCGUGUACCGGGACCUGAAGCCCGAGAACUUGCUACUUGACCGAGAAGGCCACGUUGUUCUCACCGACUUCGGGCUGUGCAAAGAAGGCCUUCAGAACAGCUCGUGUAGAACUGGUACAUUUUGUGGUACUCCGGAGUACUUGGCACCUGAAAUACUACUCAAGAAGCCCUACACUCGGGUAGUGGACUGGUGGACGUUGGGUGCAGUACUCUACGAAAUGCUCUACGGUCUACCACCUUUCUACUCCACCAACCAGAUGGUCAUGUAUGAAGCCAUCGUGUCGAAGCCGCUGAAGCUGAAGAACAGCGCCUCUGCCAGAGCAAGGAACUUACUUACAGGGCUGCUGAAGAAGGCCCCGGAGGAGCGGCUGGGCGGAGGCCCCGAGGACGGCGAGGCCAUCAAAGGCCACGAGUUCUUCCGCGCUGUGGACUGGGCCCUCGUAGAGCAGCGCAAGAUGAGGCCACCCUUCGUGCCCAGAGUCACCAGCGACACGGACACCCGUAACAUCGACCCGAGCUUCACACGGGAGCCGGUCCAGCUCGGUAGCAUCGGUUCCCCUGCGCCGGAACUUCGCGCGUCAGCAAAAUUGGCUGACGUUAACAUAAAUAAUAAUUUUAAUAACAAAAACAAUCCUUUUAAGGGCUUCAGUUACGCUAGACCGGACCUCGAGAGUGAAGUUAUUGAUCGAUGAUAUUAAUUUUAUGAAGGAAUGUAAAUUAAUGUUGUAAGGGACCCGCCAAAGGUUCUCAGUUUGCUUAUAGCUCAUUCUAGUUAAGGGAAAAUUAACUCAUUUAUCCUGAUAGAAGAAAAAUAACCAGAACCAAAAAAAAAAUAGUAAGCAAUAACCAGAACUAUGCCACAAAUAAGUACGGAUCAAUAUAUACAAAACAUUGCAAUGCACUGUGCACUGAGUAAUCAAGGAUAAAUAUUACAAAAAUAUCAAGGAUAAAUAUUACAAAAGAAAACUUCACAGAAAUUUACGUACCUUGCUGAUUUAACAGGUAAAUUUCUUUGUAUUAAAACAAUACCUACAAGAUAGAGAAAUAAAUUACAAAAGAAUGCUUAGCAAUUAAGACGCUUAACUCUUCAGAAACUCUUAGUGGAAAAUUAACGCGAAUUAAUUUCCUAUGGAAAUUACAUUAUAACUUCUUCACUACGGAUAUGUUACACACAAUUAAAAAACAUAAAUUACGUGUUUAUUUUGAAAUCCUUACAGCCGAGAGUAAAAAUUUCAGAGCAGUUAGAUGAAGAAAUGGCACAUGUAUGUUUACUACUACUAUGUAAAUUUCUUUGUGUACAAGGGUAAAUUAAAUUAAAGGGUUGAAUACCUUCACAAUAAGCUGUUAAAAAUAUU